AUGGAAUAUGCCUCAAGGAAUAUAAGACAAACUAAUACAAAUAAUGCUCAGUUAAAUCGCAGAGCUGAUCGUCAUCAUUCAAAACGAAUGAGGCGAAGAUUAGUGUAUAAAAAUGGUGAUGUAAAUAUUACACAAACUAAUAUACGAAAACGCAGACGAAGAUAUUUAGCCGAUAUUUUUACUACUUUAGUUGAUAUUAAAUGGAGAUAUAAUCUAAUGUUAUUUGCCUUAGCUUUUACAUUAAGUUGGUUAAUAUUUGGAUUAAUUUGGUGGUUAGUGUGCUUUUCACAUGGUGAUUUAGAACAUUCUGAAGAUACAGAAUGGAAGCCUUGUGUUAAAGAAAUAUAUUCUUUUACUUCUGCUUUAUUAUUCUCUAUAGAAACACAACAUACAAUAGGAUAUGGUUCUCGUCAUACAACAGAAGAAUGUCCUGAAGCCAUUGUUCUAAUGAUGUUUCAGUCAUGUUUUGGUGUCAUAUGUCAAGCCUUAAUGACUGGUAUUGUGUUUGCGAAAUUAUCAAGGCCUAAAAAACGAGCUGAAACUCUGAUGUUUAGUAAAAAUGCAUGUAUAUGUAGACAGGAUGGUGAUAUGUGUUUAUUAUUUAGGGUAGGAGAUAUGAGAAAGUCUCAGAUUGUUGAAGCACAUAUUAGAGCAGUAUUAAUAAAAAAGAAAAUAACUAAAGAAGGUGAAGUGUUACCACUGUAUCAAUUUGAUGUUGAUUUAGGUUUCGAUGAAGGUCGUGAUCGUUUAUUUUUAGUUUGGCCUGUGAUAAUUGUCCAUAAAAUAACCGAAAACAGUCCAUUUUGGGAAUUAUCCCCUGAAGAUUUACAUCGAGAACAAUUUGAACUUAUUGUCAUACUAGAGGGUAUUGUGGAAUCAACCGGUAUGACAACACAAGCUAGAAGUUCUUACCUGCCAGGCGAGGUUUUGUGGGGACAUCGAUUCGAACGUUUAGUUACUUUUCAAAAAGAAGAUGGCCAAUACCAAAUAGAUUUUUCACGUUUCCAUAACACCAUUCCAAUUGAUACCCCUUCAUGUAGUGCCAAAGAACUGGCUGAAAUGACCUCUCAUGGAAAUUGUCCUGAAAGUACUUUUAUAGAUGAGGAUGAAAAUACAUCUAUUGUGUCCAAAUCCGAACGCUUCCCCAGUCCAUAUAUAGUUAAACGACAUGGUGUAGCUCAAACUGAUUUUUAUGAUGAUGAAUUAGACUCGCCUCAGAAUUCGUCACUACAGAGAAGUGUGAGUACUGAUUUGGGCUCCAGAGAUGAGUCAGAGACUCUUCUGUGA